AUUAAAAUACGGAUGGAUUUGCUCAUAUGAUUAUAUGAAAAUCUGUGUUUGUACCAUAUGAAAAUGUUUAAUAUUUGUAUUAGUAGUAAUAAUAACAAAUUACGGAUUGCACCCGAGAAAACAUUAGAGAAGAAGAAGAAGCUUACGUCAUUCGACGCGACACUUUCCACGGUCGGAGCUGAACCAUGCCUAAAUAUAAGAGCAGUGUCCGUUGUAAGACCAAAAAAAUAAAAAUAACUCGGAAAACCAUCGGUGGUCGGGCGAAAUAUUCCUACAUUCCCUCACAUGCAGGCUCAUCUGACACCAACACUGUUUUUCCCUCAUCACAUGAUAUUUGUACUGAAAACUCAAAGGAAGAAGGGACCGCGUAUACUAGGGCAAAAAGGAAGGAGCUGACUCUAUGGGAUACACUAAAAGAUCAGGUCUUGGAAGAGUCCUAUAAGUCCUCCGCUCCUUUCUCUGACAUGUGCUCGGUGUGCAAGAAACCUGGAGUAUACCGCUGUCUGGAAUGCAGCAGAAGCAGUGUUUUUUGCAAAGAUUGUGUCUACACAGUACACAUAAAUUCUUUGCACCUCCCUGAAAAGUGGAAUAAAACCUGCUAUGAGGCUGCUUUCCAGCAGUUGGUGUUGCAUUUAAGUGGAGAUCACAGUACCCAUGAUGUUUACUCCAGAGAUGUAAAGACUUUUGUCAACACAGGUCAUCUCAUUAAUUGCACAGUUUCUUUCUGUAAAUGCGAACCUGAGGUCUGCACUCUUCUGAAAUAUGGCCUUUGGCCUGCUUCACCGGAGAAGCCACAGGCUGCUUUUUCAAUGGCUCUUCUUGAGCUAUUUGUUCAUCUUUCUUUGGAGUGCCAGGUCUCUGUAGAGGGAUUCAUCAACACCUUACGGUGGAAAAACAAUCUUACUGUUAUGGAGGUUAAUAUGCUGUACAGAGCCCUAGUAGGAGAGUCUAUUUCCCAGUUUCGCCAUUAUCACUUCCGACGAAGGUCACUAGUUGGCCUUUGUGACCAAUUUGAUGAUGGCACAGUGUGCCCAGCAUGCAUAAAGACUGAUGGCACUGUAAUUGUGGCUUUGGAUGCCAACUUUGGCCUCGUACGAAAAAAGAGCUCUGGAAGUAGUAUCACUGAGCCAUUGCAGGGUAACAGAAUGUUUGUCAGGGAUGAAGAUGUUGAAGAGUAUGUCGGGUCAAAUCCUGACAACUGUCAACCAACAGAGAGUUAAAGGAUGAGAUGUAAACAAGCUUACGGAGCUGUGGGGGGUUUUAAACCAGAAGAUGUGAACUGGCUAAUGAUCACAGGCGACACUUCCUAGAUUAAUGCCCACGCAGCAUUUAUUAUUACAUUUUAGCAAACAAUACUUGGCUGAUUGAAAGUACAAGGAUUUUUUUUUUUUAAGAAAAGACAUCCUGUAAUGUACCAGAAAACAACGUAAUAUUAUAAACAAAAUAACUGCAAAUCAAUCUACAAACAAUCCUGCCUCUAUAAAACAAACAAACAAACAAACAAACAAAAAUGCAAACAGGACAGAAGGGUCAGAAAAACGAGUGACAUUUACAUUAUUUACAAUCUCUUGGGUGACAUUUCAUGGGUUGAAUACACAGGUUGACCACAGCGCAGAGAGACGCUUUAGGGAAGUGGGUGAUGAUUUUUUACCUCUCUAUGGCACCGCUGUAGCCAAAAUGGGGUCAGUUUUGCAUAAUUUUAGACACACUUAAUACAAGAAAAGUCAAUCCAUUUCUUUGUUGACUGGUAGCCGCUGGUGUUUACGAUGAGCAGGAAAUCACAGCCAUGGUCCAGUGAAGUCUCAACGAGGAUAUUAAAUGCUUUUUUUUUUUUUUUUUUUUUUUU